GAAGCUAGGUGCCUGGGGGCCUUGCUCUUCCUCCUGUGAUAUUGGGGACCAGAUACAGUCUGUUCAGUGUGUCUCCAGGGAUCCCCAGGGUCAGUCAGUACCUGUAGAUGAUAAACAGUGUAUUCAGCUGUAUGGACAGAAACCAGAGUACAGAAGGUCUUGUAAUGAAAAUGUUCCUUGUCCAUACUGGACUGCAAUGGACUGGUCCUCUUGUAACAAAGCUUGUGGUAUGGGAGAACAAACUCGCAAGGUGAUGUGUAUCAGUAUAGACAACAGGAGACUAGCAGAGAGUGCUUGUGAUCCUACAACAAUGCCAACUCCCACCCGACCAUGUAUGGUCAAGCAGUGCCCUGAAGGUCCCCUAGAAAACUGCAGAAAUUCGCUGUUUGGAUGUUGUCAGGAUGGAAGGACACCUGCAAGAGGCCUGAAUUUAGAGGGAUGUGAAGGUACUUGCAAGGGUACAAGAUAUGGUUGCUGUCCAGACCAGAGAACCACAGCAAAAGGUCCAAAUGGAGAAGGGUGUGUAUUUGACUGUUCAAGAUCCAGAUAUGGAUGUUGUCCCAAUAGUCAGAAUCCUGCUAGAGGACCCAAUGCAGAGGGUUGUUUUACUCACUGUUCUAGAUAUAGAUAUGGGUGUUGUCCAGAUAAUGUAACUGUAGCUAGAGGUCCUGAUGGUGAGGGAUGCCCCACUUCAUGUUCUGACAGUAAAUAUGGGUGUUGUCCAGAUGGAAAAACUGAAAAAAGAGGACCUAAUGAUGAAGGAUGUUCCACUGAUUGUUUGAGAUAUCCAUAUGGAUGCUGUUCUGAUAAUUUAACUCCAGCAAGAGGUCCAAAUGGAGAAGGAUGUCCUGGCUCAUGUACAGACAGUGUAUAUGGAUGUUGUCCGGAUGGUAGAACUGAAGCUAGAGGACCCAGUGGAGAAGGUUGUUCUAUUGACUGUUCCAGAUACAGAUUUGGUUGUUGUCCUGACAGAAUUACUCCUGCUAGAGGUCCAGAUGGAGAGGGUUGUCCUAGCCCAUGCAGUAAGUCCAAAUAUGGAUGUUGUCCAGAUGGAAGGACGGAGGCAGGAGGUACAAAUGGGGAGGGAUGUAUACCAGACUGCUCCAGAAGAAAAUUUGGUUGUUGUCCUGACAAUAUCACCUCUGCAAGAGGUCCAAACAAAGAGGGCUGUCCAAGUGAAUGCUCUUCCUCUCAAUUUGGUUGUUGUCCAGAUGAAAGAACUGAAGCUAGAGGACCUAAUGGAGAAGGUUGUCUAGCUGACUGUUCUCGCUAUAGAUAUGGAUGCUGUUCAGAUAAUGCUACUCCAGCAAGAGGUCCAAAUGCUGAGGGUUGUCCAAGUAAUUGUACAUUGUCUCAGUAUGGUUGCUGUCCAGACAGGGUCACAGAGGCUCAAGGGUUUAAUUUUGAGGGUUGUCCCAGUGAAUGUCAGAACAGCAGAUAUGGAUGUUGUCCGGAUGGUAGAACUGAAGCUAGAGGACCCAGUGGAGAAGGUUGUUCUAUUGACUGUUCCAGAUACAGAUUUGGUUGUUGUUCGGACAGAGUUACUCCUGCUAGAGGCCCCAAUAAAGAGGGUUGUCCCAGUAACUGCACAGUAUCUCAGUAUGGUUGCUGUCCAGACAGGGUCACAGAAGCUCAAGGGUUUAAUUUUGAGGGUUGUCCCAGUGAAUGUCAGAACAGCAGAUAUGGAUGUUGUCCAGAUGGUAGCACAGAAGCCAGAGGAUCUAAUGGAGAGGGAUGUCCUUUUGACUGCUCACGGUAUCCUUAUGGAUGCUGUCCUGAUAAAUCAACCCCUGCAAGAGGUUCAAAUGGUGAAGGUUGUCCUGGCUCAUGUGUAAAUGGUAGAUAUGGAUGUUGUCCGGAUGGUAAAACUGAAGCUAGAGGACCCAAUGGAGAAGGUUGUUCUAUUGACUGUUCCAGAUACAGAUUUGGUUGUUGUUCGGACAAAAUUACUCCUGCUAGAGGUCCAGAUGGAGAGGGCUGUCCUAACUCUUGUAGUAAUUCUACUUAUGGAUGUUGUCCAGAUGGGAGGACAAAGGCAAGAGGUCCAAAUAGGGAGGGUUGUAAUUUUGAUUGUUCUAGAUACCAGUAUGGUUGUUGUCCAGACAAUAUGACUCCUGCAAGAGGCCCCAAUAAAGAGGGCUGUCCCAGUAACUGCACAGUAUCUCAGUUUGGUUGUUGUCCAGAUCAGAUGACUGAAGCACAGGGAUAUAACAUGGAAGGUUGCCCUAAUGCUUGCCUAAGGAGCAGAUUUGGAUGCUGUCCAGAUGGAGUAAGAGAAGCCAGGGGACCAAAUGCAGAAGGAUGUUCUUUGUCCUGUGAAGAAACAAGAUUUGGAUGUUGUCCUGAUAAUCAGACUCCAGCAAGAGGACCCAGUGGAGAAGGAUGCUAUACUGAAUGUUCAAGAUAUCCUUAUGGAUGUUGUUUUGAUAAAGUUACACCUGCAAGAGGCCCAAAUGGGGAAGGAUGUUUAAGUAACUGUGCUGAGUCUCAGUAUGGAUGCUGCUCAGAUGGAAGAACUGAAGCAAAAGGUCCAAAUAGGGAGGGUUGUUUUACAGAUUGUGCAAGAUACAGAUAUGGAUGUUGUUCAGAUAAUGUCACUCCUGCAAGAGGUCCAAAUAAUGAAGGAUGUCCAAGUAACUGUACUUUGUCUAAAUAUGGAUGUUGUCCAGAUCAAGUGAAUGGGGCUCAGGGAUAUAAUUAUGAAGGAUGUCCACCAGAGUGUUUGCAAUCUAGAUAUGGAUGCUGUCAAGAUAAUAAAACAAGAGCCAGAGGUCCUAAUGGAGAGGGGUGCUCUGAUGAUUGUUCCAGAUACAGAUUUGGAUGUUGUUCAGAUAAUAUAACUCCUGCUAGAGGUCCAGAUGGUGAGGGCUGCCCAAGUUCUUGUACUACCUCAAGGUUUGGAUGUUGUGCAGAUGGUCAGACAGAAUCCAGAGGUCCAAAUAGAGAAGGAUGUCCAACUAAUUGUUCAACAACUCAGUAUGGUUGUUGCCUGGAUGGCAAAACUGUAGCUAGGGGUCCAGAUGGUGAGGGAUGCUUCAAUGAAUGUUCAAGGACAAAAUAUGGGUGUUGUUCUGAUAAUCAAACUACAGCUCAAGGUCCAAAUGGAGAGGGUUGUGCUUUUGAUUGCUCAAGAUAUAGAUUUGGUUGUUGUCCAAAGAGUCAGAAUCCUGCGAGAGGACCCAAUGGAGAGGGUUGUUCUAUUCACUGUUCCAGAUAUAGGUUUGGGUGUUGUGCAGAUAAUGUAACUAUAGCAAGGGGUCCUAAUGGUGAGGGCUGUCAGUUUGAUUGCUCUAGAUCUGAGUUUGGUUGUUGUGAAGAUGGCAGAACUACAGCAAGGGGUCCAAAUAGAGAAGGGUGUUCUUAUGAAUGUGCAAGAACUCAAUAUGGAUGUUGCUCUGACCAAAAAACUCCUGCCAGAGGCCCUAGACAAGAGGGUUGUCCAUCAAAAUGUAGAAAUUCAAUAUUUGGAUGUUGUUCUGAUGGGUUUACAGAAGCUAAAGGUCCAAAUGGUGAAGGGUGUGUAUCUGACUGUGAGAGAAGAACUUAUGGAUGUUGUGCAGAUAACAAAACUCCUGCACGAGGCCCUAAUGGGGAAGGUUGUCCUAGGGUUUGUGAAUUAGCAAGGUAUGGAUGUUGUCCGAACAGUAACAUUUCAGCAACAGGACCCAAUAACUCAGGUUGUCCAUACACAUGUUACAACAGUUUGUAUGGAUGUUGUUCUGACAACUAUACAGCUGCAAGAGGCCCUAAUAAGGAGGGUUGUCCAACAAUUUGCAAGUUGUCUAGAUUUGGUUGCUGUCCUAAUAGUAACAUUUCAGCAACAGGACCCAAUAACUCAGGUUGUCCAUACACAUGUUACAACAGUUUGUAUGGAUGUUGUUCUGACAACUAUACAGCUGCAAGAGGCCCUAAUAAGGAGGGUUGUCCAACAAUUUGCAAGUUGUCUAGAUUUGGUUGCUGUCCUAACAGUAACAUUUCAGCAACAGGGCCCAAUUACUCUGGUUGUCCAUACACAUGCUACAACAGUUUGUAUGGAUGUUGUUCUGACAACUACACAGCAGCUAGGGGUCCAGAUAAAGAAGGUUGUCCUAGCCCUUGUGAUGAGUAUCCCUUUGGAUGUUGUCAAGAUGGCAGAACACCAGCUGAGGGACCAAGGAAGGAAGGUUGUCCAACAACAAAUACAAACUCUGAUUUCUGCAGUUUGAAACCAGAGAGAGGACCAUGCAGAAACUAUACUGUGCUCCAUUUCUACAACAGUACCUCCAGAAGGUGUGAGAGAUUUUGGUAUGGGGGGUGUGAAGGAAAUGAUAACAGAUUCAGUACCAAAGAAGACUGUGAGGCCAAAUGUUCUGGAAAUACUCAGGAGAGAAACCCUGUAACAGUGAGACAGACAUGUGAGAACAGUUACUAUAAAUGUUGUCCUGAUGGGGUGACAUUUGCUAGAGGACCAAACUAUGAAGGAUGUCAGCAAACAGAGGCUGGGACAGGUAGUUCAGUCUGUCAACAGCCAUCAGAUUCUGGUAGAGACUGCGAGGAGGAGAACUUAGUCGUCAAGUGGUACUAUAACAGAGACACCCAACGCUGCGAUCGCUUCUGGUACCGAGGAUGUGGCGGAAAUGGCAACAAUUUUAAAACGGAAGACGAAUGUCAAAGGAAAUGUAGAGGCGGUAGUCAGCCGGUCACUAGGCAACCAGUGCUGACUCGAGCACCAUCAACAAGAUCUCCGGUGUCAGGUCCGAUAUGUGAAUUGGGUCAUGACACGGGACCCUGUAGGGAAUACGAAGUUCGGUGGUAUUACAAUAGAACAGAAGGGCGUUGUCUUCGGUUCUGGUAUGGUGGAUGCCAGGGAAAUGGCAAUCGUUUUCAAUCAGAGAGAGAAUGUGAUACAACUUGUCGUAGGGGACCAGUCACUUACCCCACUGAACGACCCCCAGUAUCCCCAUCUGCAGCAGACCCUUGUCAGUUACCCCCUAUGGUUGGCCGGUGUAGGGCACGCCUACAGCGGUGGUACUAUAAUGCACAAAACAAAGAAUGUCAGCUGUUCACCUAUGGUGGAUGUGGCGGCAACGCCAAUAACUUCAGGAAUCGGAUGGAAUGUUUCAGCCGAUGCAUGCCAACAGACAUGAUAAGAAACCUCCACGUGGAAGAAUCAACCUCCGACAAAAUCAUGGUGGCUUGGGAACCUCCACAGAACAAUGACGUCCAGUCCUACACGCUUGCUUACAUGGGAACCAAGUACUAUCGAGAUACAACCAAACAGGACCCUAUGAAGGAGGUUAUUCUGACCCCUGAUACAGUGAAUUAUACAAUGAAUAACUUAAUGGAUGGGGCUGAUUACAUGAUCAAUCUGCACCCAGAGUUUAAUAAUGGCCGAGGCACUGGUCCGAAAACUAGCAUCAUGGCCAAGACACGCACAUUAGUGCUCUGUGAUGAUUCGAUAUAUGGCUGCUGCCCUGAUGGUGUUACUGCAGCAUCGGGGAAGAACUACGAGGGUUGUGACACUGAUCCCUGUAAGAACUCCAGGUUUGGCUGUUGUGAAGAUGGUGUCAGUGAAGCCACAGGGCCUAACUUUGAGGGCUGUGACAUAGAUGGAAGACCAUCAGGAGAUUUCUGCAAUGAAACUGUGUAUGGCUGUUGUCCAGAUGGUGAAACCCCAGCUCAGGGGGCUAACCAUUACGGCUGUCCCAAGGAGCCUGAUGUGACUCCCAUUGGAGUUUGCCAAAUGAAAAAUGACCAUGGAACCUGUACAGAUUAUGUUGUUAAAUGGUUUUACAAUUCUACUGCUGGCCGCUGUGAUCGGUUCUGGUAUGGUGGCUGUGGUGGUAAUGACAACCGCUUUGAUGAUGAAGAAUCUUGCUCACGUCGAUGCAGACAAACUGGGCCAGAUACAGGGUCAAAGCCUGUCUGUGAACAACCCAGAGUCACAGGUCCAUGUAGGGCAUAUUUCAAGAGGUAUUAUUUUAAUGGACGAGAGUGUGAACAGUUUGUUUAUGGAGGAUGCCAAGGCAACGAAAACAAUUUCGAAACUCAGGAACAGUGCGAGUCCACCUGUGAAAUUGACAUUGACAACACAAAAGGAGAGGAAACUUGUCAGCAGCCCAUGGAUACAGGGCCCUGCAGGGGUAAUAUCCCAAGAUGGUACUAUGACACCCCAUCCAAACAGUGCUUAGAAUUCAACUAUGGGGGUUGCCAAGGAAACACAAAUAACUUUGAGACACGAGAGGAAUGUCAGAAAUCGUGUGCUUCUGAUAGUGGCCCGGAAGGAGAGGAUCAGGAUGUGUGUCGAAUGACUUCUGACUCUGGGCCUUGCAGGUCAAGCAUACCUCGAUGGUUUUAUGACUAUAAUCUUGGAAUCUGUAAAGAAUUCAUUUAUGGAGGUUGUAAUGGAAAUAAAAAUAAUUACGAAACUAGAGCAGAGUGUGAAUCUACAUGUAGUAGACAGCAUGUUUGCAAACCUUUUGAAACUGGACAAAUUCAGUGCCUUGCCUAUCAACGCCGUUACAAGUAUGACCCCAGUACUCGCGAUUGUGUUCAGUUCAUUUAUGGAGGAUGUCGUGGAAACUCCAACAAUUUCGCAACUCUAGAGGCUUGUCGCAGGAAGUGUGCUCCUGAUACAUUGGUGCAGACCACUACAGAAUCCUCAAUUGAGGGGAGUGGAAAUCUAGAAGAAGAGUACUGUCACCUUCCUAUGGAGCGAGGUAAUUGUAAAUCCAGGAUUCCUGCCUGGUACUAUGAUCACUUGACUGGACUUUGUAACGAAUUCGAAUAUGGGGGAUGUGGUGGAAAUGACAAUCGCUUCACGAGUCGUGAAGUGUGUGAAUCUUCUUGUAGUCGUGACAAUGUUUGUAAUUUGGAGAGUGAAGUUGGCAACUGCCUGGCACUGAUUCCAAGGUACUUCUACAACAAAGUCACUGGAACCUGUGAAUCUUUCUCCUAUGGGGGUUGUGGAGGAAAUGCCAACAAUUUUGAUUCUUUAGAGGCUUGCAACAGAAAAUGUGGACGAACUGUGUCGUCCUGCUCUAACGAGGAAUUCCAGUGUGGCAGUGGUCAGUGUAUAUCUAUACGGCUGCGUUGUGAUGGCGUACCAGACUGCUCUGAUCGCUCUGAUGAGGAUUCAAGACUCUGUGAACCCUCCAGAUCAUGCCCUGAAGGUUACUUCCGUUGCUCAGAUGGUUCCUGUGUUGAUGGUGCACGUUGUGAUGGCAGACAAGAUUGCCGAGACAACUCGGAUGAAUAUGAAUGUGAACCCUCCAGAUCAUGCCCUGAAGGGUACUUCCGUUGCUCCGAUGGUUCCUGUGUUGAUGGUGCACGCUGUGAUGGCAGGCAAGAUUGCCGAGAUAACUCUGAUGAAUAUGAAUGUGGUCUCAGUGCUUACCCUACAGAUGUCGAUGUAUCUCCAUCCAGGGGAGAUAGCUUUACUGUUUUACUAAGAUGGAGGGCACCUGCUACCACUGGACUUAACCCAGUUGUUGAUUACCUGAUCUCCUACACAAACAAGGAGCCUAAUACAGACAAUAGUCAGUGGUACACACAGCAGGUUGACGGAGGCAGAGAGUACACCUAUGUAACCGGACUACAGCCAGACUCUACCUAUUAUUUCAAGAUACAAGCCAGGAACAGAAUUGGUUAUGGACCGUAUUCUAGAACUGUCAUCUAUGUUGCACCAUCUAGGACAACAGUUGCACCAAGAAACAAAGAUCCCAAGUGCCUGCUUCCAGUUGACAGAGGAAGUUGUAGCAACAUGACUGUUAUGUAUUACUAUGACCCAUCUAUCAGUGAUUGUAGACCCUUUCGCUGGUAUGGCUGCACUGGUAAUGCCAACAGAUUUAGUACUGGACAGGAGUGUAGAGAAAGCUGCUGGGAAAGGUACAACGUGAUACCCACAGAGCGACCCAGAGUCACCACGCGACGACCUGUUUAUCCCACUGAAAGACCUAGAGUUACCACACGAAGACCUGUGUACCCCACUGAGAGACCCAGAGUAACCACCCAAAGGCCUGCAACCACAAGAGAGUACACUCUCAAUGUGGAUCUCUGUGAUGAGACAUCUGAUAGAGGUACCUGUUCACAAUGGGAAGUCAAGUGGUACUUCAAUAAAACCGAGGGAGAAUGUCGUCAGUUCUGGUAUGGAGGAUGUGACGGAAAUGCCAAUAGGUUUGACGAUGAAAGGGAGUGCCGAGAAGUCUGUAUAAAUAGAGUGCGUCCAACACCAGCACCAGCCACCACAAAAGCCCCUGAUGACAAAGAUAAUAUAAUAGAUGACAGGAAUUGUGGGUCUCGAUUUGGCUGCUGUCCUGACGGAAUCACCCCAGCAAGAGAUUUCUACUUCAGUAAUUGCAAUGAUGAAGCUGGGCCAGAUACUGAUGUGAUUGAGGGAGACUAUACAUCAUUGAUAGAGGUGCCAAACUCCGAUGUCGUUAUACCAUGUAAUAAAUACAGAUCUGGAUAUGGUAGCAUCUCAUGGUACAAAGAUGGAUUCCAAAUAACAAAGAGUGACAGACUGAUUAUAAAUCUUGACGGUUCACUAUUGAUUCAUAUGGCUACAUUGGAUGAUAGCGGCAUGUAUGCCUGUCGUGUGGCAGAAGUGGGAUCCACCCCAGAAAUAGAGAGGUUUAGACUGCAAGUAGAAGCCCGUGGAGUAGCAGCUCCUAUCACAAUUUUCCCAACACCAGCCAUGAUUGUGGUUCAGCCAGGAGCAGAUGCCUUCCUCCACUGUCAGGCCUAUGGUAACCCCCACCCCCGGGUCACCUGGUCUCGAGAUGGAUAUGACGUGUCCAGAGACCCUCGCUUUACUGUGUACCGCAAUGGUACCCUGAUCAUACAGAGAACUGUGGAACAAGACAUGGGCAGUUACCUCUGUGUGGCCAGCAAUGGGGUGUCCACACCGGAGCAGAGGAUUGUCAAGCUACAGCUUAGAGAGUCUUUGAGGGCAAGAAUCGACCGUUCAGAGGAGACAAAACGAGAGGGUGAGGCCCUUUACUUAACCUGUUCUGGUUUUGGGUACCCCACUCCUUCCAUUUCCUGGAGGAAAAAUGGCUUACCAUUAACAGCUGAUCAGAGAAUAAAAAUCCAGGGGGGCAAUUUGAGGAUUAUAAACUUGGCCCUUGAGGACACAGGCACUUACACCUGUGUGGUGAGGAAUGAUGAGGAGACAGUUGAGGACACUGUGUCAAUUCAAGUUGUUCCCUUUGAUUUGGUGCCAUCAAGUUGUGUAGACACAGCCAAUAGAAUCAAGUGUUCCCUGAUUGUUAGUGCACGCCUUUGUGGCCACACCCGAUACUCAAAGCCUUGCUGUGAGAGCUGCCAAAGGGCGCGAGAGAAAUUAAUGCGACAGCCGGGAAAACGCAGGAAAUAAGAAGGCACUGCCACCUUAAAUACUCAGCCACUCUCCGUGUCACGCCCUAAUGUAACAACACUUGUAUGUAAACUAGUACCCCCAUGCUCUUCUUUAUAAUAAUUCAUUAAAACUCUUAGAUUAAGCAUUUAGAUAUAAAUGUUUAAGGUUACCUUUUUUGUAUUUUUAUAAAAAAUAAGAUUGUGUAUGCUGUUGAUUUGUGUGUCCGAUCUGUUAGUGCUUUGUACUAAUUCUAGAUCACAUGAGAAAUCCUUGCUUUUCCCUGUACAGAAUCAUUUUAAUGCAGGAUAAAUGUGUAUUCACCUCGUCCUAUUAUGUGCUAGCCAGGGCUGACUGUGGCACUGAGGCCAGUUAACAUUCCAAGUGAUUUAUUGGAUCUAUAUUGAGUAUUAUUUUAAUUAUAUGCGUGUAAUCAUUCUCUCAAGAAAAAAUAUCAGAUCGAUACCAAAGUAUGUAAAUUAUAAUAAGCUUAAUAAUAUUAUGUAGCCAUUUUCCACCUUUUUAUUAUCACACUGUAUAGAGAAUGUUUAUAUAGUGAAUAAUUCAUGUAUUUUGAUAUUGCCUUUAUUUAGGUGAAAUAUGUCAAGUGAUUAAUUAAUGUCCAGAUUAUAGGAAUGUAAUUAAGGAGAGUAAAAUGAGACAUGUAAUGCUGGGAUAAUAUUCAUCAGAAAACAUGAAUAUGUUUGGAAUUUUUGUGUUAAAUGAUGUAUUUUAGCUAGCUAUUAAAAUUUUUUGAUCGCAGUUCAAGAAAAACCAUUAGAUACCUCUUUCUGUGUUACUAUGCAAUGGUGCUCAUUUAGUAUUGCUUUUCUUAUUAAGUCUACACCUUAUACAAAAAAGCAGUGUCAUUUUAUAUUGUUUACAAAAAUCUGGAUUUUUAAUAAAUGUUGUAAAAUUUC